AACGAAUUCAAGUUACACGCGCCUCCUCGUUUGACAAGUGUUGCGUGCAGCGUUGCUUCUGUUCGUCCCGGUGCAUCGGAAACCACCGCCGAUGAUGGGUGUCACCGUAUUGCAGCAGUACCCGAUGACGGAGAACAGAACCGGGCCGCAGACCAUCGAGUUCCUGACGAAAAGAGUGGUUGCCCUGGGCGCCGUGCAAACGGGUCAAUUCUUAGUCGAUUGCGAGACGUACGUGUCCGUGCCGCAGCUCGGCGUGCAAAGGACCCUUCACGUGCUGCACAACUCCGAGCAACCGGCCUCGGUGUUCGCGAUCCUCGAGUCCGGAAAUAAAGUGGUGCCGCUGAUAGCGGACGGCCUGUUCGACCUGCUCAUGUACAAGAUGUCCAGCAUCUACACGAACAAAAUGCAGAAGAUGGAGUCGAAGGGGCCGCGGUUCGAGAUCGGCGAUUUCUGCGUGAAGCUCGGCAGCGUCACCAUCAAUCAGAAUUUCAAAGGUGUUCUGGUCGAAGUUGAAUACAGACCCUGCGUUGUUCCCGGAAGUUCGUGGGAGUUGAUGCGGGAAUUCUUGCAGGGUUUCCUUGGACCCACAGUGUCCAAUCAAGCGCCGCAAUAUUUGCAGAACCGGAUGAACGAUAUUUAUCAGCCGUUGGACACCAUACAACAAUAUUUGGAACAUUUCGGUCAGUACAGAAAGGCCACGGGCGUGAUUUAAGCUAAUACCGACUCAGUGUACGUAAUAUCGAAUCGAAAAUAUUAUUUGACAACGAUUCGAACAUUCUAAACUAUCCACUUCGGAUCAUUAAACUAUCCACCUUCGAUGUACGUGUGCGACUUUGAAUCGAUGGCGACAUCUGUACCAGAUGCGAUACACUUUCCCACCGAGUUUACGUUGGUAAUUCUUUAUUCGAGCGAUGCAUCUUAUCGAUAAAAAAGCAAUCUGCAUACUACACCGAUAAACAUUCCAACGUUGAUGUGUUUCAAAGUCUUGGAUUCUUGGAUUAUUUGCAUUUUACCGUUGCCUUUUACUGUUGUCGCAGAGUAUAAAUCUGUAAUGUAUACGUAUGUACAUGUAUGUAUCUAUACGUGUAGCUCUGUGAAAUUCACCUUUAAGUCUUUCUCACCGUGAAUCUGUUUGCACUGGAAAUGUGAAUAAUUUUAGAAACGAAUGACACCGCAGAUAUGCAAUUACGUUAACCCUGCGUAUCGGGUUAAUUAUGAAACGGGUCCACUUUAUAUGGAAACGUGUUGAAACGGGUUACCGUGUGUGCGCGUACAAACGAUCUAAAUACGCGUAAUCGGAAUCUAUGAAGUUGUCGGAAAAAUACCAACCGCUUGAACAGAUUCAAAAAUAUAUAUCUUCUCUUUUCAUGUAUUAUAUUCUUCAACUGUUUUCGUGCGUACAACCUUCGAACGAGGCUGAAAUAAAGAGCAUUAUAGUCCUGAAUCUCGUGUAGUUCUACUCCGAACUUACAUAAACUACGAUACAAGAUACUAUGUAAUUGUAAUCUAUGAAUC